AUCUGGCAACUCCAAGCGACGCCAUUUCAAAACAAAUGCGCGGCAACGAUUUUUAUUUCAUAUUUCAUUGAGUGAAAAGUUGUGAAACAAGGCAGAUAAAAAAGAUAUAAUGGGAGCAAAGGCAACGAAAAUUGAGGGUGAAUAUCUACCAGAUACGCCAACACUAAACAAAAUGCGGCAGGCAAUCGAAAUGCAGGAAAAAGUUGAAAUGACGACGCCGACUAGAGAGCAAAACAACGCUUUGCUCGAUCCUCGAUCACCAAAUGGCUGUCGAACCCCUUUAAAUUUUUUGCAGACAGGAUCGCAAAUGCAAAGGCCUCGAAUUCUGGAGGAGGAGCAGCAGCAGGUGGCCAAUCCUGAUAACGCCUUUGCAGUACUGCGAAGGCGUCUUCUCAAAGGCUUCACCCUAAAUGACCCUCGCUCUCCUCAACUGAAUCGCACUCCCUUGGUACUCGACGAAGUACGUUCUCUUAAUCUGGACGACACCUUUGCCGACCUCUUUGUAGACACCAGGGUGGGUACGGCCCAAAGAGCAGUGCCUACCACUCCUCCUCAAGUAGACUUGGAGCAGAGCUGCGAUAGUUUCGGUACACCACCGUCUUUUGCUCACAACAAUAGUUCACUGGAGAUAGUUUCUCUGCCCUAUGAUGAGGAGGAGACUUUGCCGUGUGACAAUCCGCUGUUGCAGCAUCAGGAGAUGGAUCAGGCGAAAAUGGCGACUCCACCUCCUUCACAGCAGCUUCACUGUGAUCCUCGUUCGCCCAGCUUGGGGGUCGACCGCACACCCAUUAUCUUUUGCGAUGACGAGGAGGAAGAGGCACGCGAAGCCCAAAUGCUGGAACACAUUUUGGAGACACUCACUUUGAAUCUUAGCACCGGGAGUAGCAUGGCUUCCUUUGUAGCUACUGAGGAACAGCAAUCAACCGUACCAGCUAACAAACAUCUGGAGCGCGUGCGAUUGGGUCACAAGAGAAGGGUUCCGCCCCGAAAGCCAGCAAGGGCCAACAAACCAAAGAUUUAUGUUGACCAGGAGGAGGAGUCAUCAGCGGCCAGUGGAGUCAUCACACCUAAAACAAAUAGCACACCUGUGUCCGCUCAAAAGCGUACUCCACUUAGUUGUGUUAAGAAUAAACCCCAUCUGCGUUCACGAUCCGUGGAAAAAGAUCUACGGAAAACGCCGAAUCCACAAGGGCAAAAAUUCAAUGAUCAGAUUCGGCUUAUCUCCGGCGGCGAAGGUCUAAAUGGACCCAUUUACUAACACUGUUUAGUAGUUACACUUGCCUUAUGCCCACCUUCAACCCACCAAAUCAUUAUUCAUGUUCACAUACUCACUUCAUACAUAUUUUAAUAAAACAUUUUAUUAGUUUGCUUUUAAA